UAGCUGUAAAAUGGUAGACCCUAGAACAGAUCCGCAGUUCCAGAAACUGGCAGACCUAAGAAGGAGCGCAGUGCAUUAUUACAAAGAGAACCAAGUGCCUCAACUAAUGGAAACAGCUCUGAAUGAAAUGUUUUUCCAUCAACCACAAGAUGUCUAUGCCUACUUAGUUGAAUUCUUCCUGCAACAUGCCAAACCCACUACAAUAGAUAAGAUCGAGGCCGGCGAGUACUUUGACUCAAAAGGACAGCCUACACUUCAGACUGAAAUAUUCACAUUGACGAACUCCAAAUACAAGCGAAUGGGGUCUGCAUUCGUGGCUAGUUUCAACCAACUGUCAGAUGCGACCACAACUGAAAGGAAAGAACAGGAUGACGAAGAGAGGUUGAGGGGAGUGAAGGCCGCUAUCAGGUUCAUCAAUGGACCCAUGAAUGAGGCACUGCACGGGACACCCAUAGCUGAUCAGACUAAAGUGGACGAAAUUCUAAACGUGACCUUGAAAGAAAUCCAAGACCAAGAGACAGCAGCUGAGUCUGCAAGACGUCAAGCUGCCCUGGAAGCUUCAUCAUCGCACGGAGGAGACUCCGGGUCUCAGUUGGAUGCCACCGGGGCAGGGGAGGCAUCACCAGGAGCUGCUACUCCGAGCAAAAACAAAGAUGCGAAGGGCGGCAAAGAUGCGAAGAAAGGCGGUGGAGGUGGCAAAGAUGCGGUUCCAAAGACACCGGAUAUCGCGGAGGCGCCGAAAGACCUGGUGUUCAGUGGUGCCCAGGCUGUAUGUGCGGCUUCUAGUGCGAACUGCGUGGCAGCUGCCAGAGUGAGAUCCCUGGAACCUUAUCAGUACAUCUCAGAGCUAUCCAGUGGAGAGAUUGGUGAGCAGUUGAAGAUGCCUGUGCCGAUGGUGACUGUGGUAUCGGGAGGCAGAUCGGCAGCAGGCAAACAGAACCUCAUCCGGGAAGUGCUCCUGGUACCCAAACCAUCACACUCACUCGCAACUACUAUUCAGAAGAUGAAGGAGCUGACGUACAAGCUCAUCAACGAUUUGUCGAAGAAGCUCGGCGGCUUGCAACAAGUGCAGAAAAUAAGCCAGCUGACGGCCAAGAUGAUCUCCGACCAUGGGAGUCCGAACCCGAUGAUGGACAAGCCGGAACAGCUGCUGGAUGCAGUGGUGGAGUGUGCCGCUCUCAUUCCGGAACUGAAUCUGGGCGAGGACUACUUCAUUAUACUACACUGUGCAGCCCACGAGUACUAUGAUGCAAACAAAGAGAAGUAUGAGUGGGUGUCGAGUGGCUUCAAGGGUGGGGAUGAGUUAGUGGAGACAGUGUACUUGGACAUCCUCUCCAGAUACCCUCAGGUCAUUGGACUCAUAGACCCCCUAGUGCAACAGGACCGGGAAGCAUGGCUGAAGUUAUACGAUCAAGUGGGGGAUAAGUGUUUUAUCCUGGGUGAGAGGAGUUUGGGCAGGGCAGACCAGCUGAAGGCUCUCCUCAUGCAGCAGGAGAUCCAAUCUACAAACAACACUAAUAUAAACAAUAACAACAGCAACACCACCCCAAUUGGAAAGUCAGCCAACGGAACUACCUAUGUUGUCGACACCUCAUUGCCUGUACACGGAGCUGUGCUUCAAUUCAACCACAGUACUACAGUUACCGAUAUUGUUCAGAUAUCACACAUGCUUAAAGAGCAGAAGCUGAAUCUGGUAUUGUCUGCAUCUCCUGGAGAUACUACCGACACCCUUCUAGUAGACUUGGCGGUGGGUGUGGGUGCGGAGUUUGUGAAGUUGGGUGGGUUCUGCAGGGGAGAGAGGGCGUGCAAGUACAACAGACUGAUAGAAGUGGAGAAACAACUGCACAACACAGGCGCACUGCAGCAAAACACACAGACCACAUUCACCAUCGCCAAACACUCGCAGCCAGAAGAGACGAGUGAAGAACAGGCAGGCGUCGAGCAGAGCGAAGGAUCAGAAUCACAACAAACAAAGGCGGAGUGAGAUAGAGAACAAGUAAACAAGCAAGUGCCACUUGGGACAAGAGAGACGAAAGCUCUGUUGUUUGGAACGAGUGACUGACAGAGCACUAAAAUGAAACAACUGUUCAAAUAUUCAUAGCAUCUAUCUUGUCCCAUUUUAUUUCUGAAGGCGUUGAGCUCUUAAGCUCUGCUUCAUUAAAAAAGAAGCGAACCAUAACAAAAAAUUGAGCAAUCUGUUUAAUCUUCCUUGGUUUAAAUUUUUUGCAACUUAAUUUGGAUUUCAAAAUUGAAAAAUGUAAAAAUUGAAAAGUCUAAAAAUGUUAAAUCGAUAAAUUUUUCAUUCAUCAAAGUUGAAAAAUGUGUUCAAGUGUAUAUAAAAGAGUUGUAUAAAAAAUGAUUUAGUGCGGUUGUAAAUAUGUA